AUGGAACCUUCCAAACUGCUGGCUUUCUUUCUGUUGCUGCUGCCAUCUUCUGUGUCAGCACACCGUAAGCGGGUCCUUGGAGGCGAGGAAUGCAGUGAGUAUGAACAUCCAUGGCUUGUGCUACUCUAUAACUCAAAUAGCCUCAUCUGCUCUGGAAUAUUGAUUGAUUCUAACUGGGUGCUCAGUGCUGCUCAUUGCUACAGAAGUGGCAAAUUCGAGAUAUGGCUUGGAAUCCGCAACAGAAAAGUGCUAAGAGGGAAGGAAAAGUCGAGAUUCAGUGUGGCCACCCUGUGCUACCCUGAUACUGAAAGCACCACCAAGAACAGCUGUCUGAACUACACUGCUGACAUCAUGAUGCUCAAAUUGAACAAACCUGUGAAGUACAGCAAGUUCAUCGCCCCUCUCCGCCUGCCCACCGUCUCUGUCUCCGUGGGCGCAAAAUGCAGGGUCCAGGGUUGGGGCACAACCACAGCUCCUAUACCUAAUUUGCCUGCAGUUCCUUACUGUGCUGACAUCAACAUACAUGAGAAACACUUGUGUGUGAAGGCUUACCCAGCGUGGAAAAUGACUGAGCACAUAUUAUGUGCAGGACUUCUGAAUGGAUGCAAAGGUGCAUGCUUGGGUGAUUCUGGUGGACCCCUUAUCUGUGAAGGACAAGUCCAGGGGAUUAUAGUUCAUGGUCAGCCAUUUGGGCUUGGCAUCUAUACCAAGGUCGACAGCUAUCUCAACUGGAUCCGUGGUUUUUUUUGA